AUGUCGCCGCAUGACGAAAACCUCGUGAAAGCUGAGAAAGAGAAACAAAUAAAGUAUCUCGACUUAGCGCAUGAGGUUGUCGCCAUGUGGAAUGUCGACACGGCUGUUAUCGUGCGGAUUGUCGUUACGGCCAAUGGUCUACUAGCCAAGAGCCUCGACCAACACCUCAUGAGGCUCUCUGUAACAAAUAUCUUCCUGGUGAACCUGUCUGCAGCCGACCUGCUGGUGACGAGCAUCUGUAUGCCGAUCCAGCUCAGCAAGGCCAUCACCCUCGUGUGGUUCUACGGGGAGACGGUCUGCAAGAUUGUUAACUAUAUACAAGGAGUAGCAGUAGCAGCCAGCGUGUUCACAAUCACAGCGAUGUCAGUGGAUCGAUGGCUGUCCAUCUCCCCCGAGCCUCGGCUGAGGCCACCGGGGAGAAAGCAGGCUUUACUCCUAUUACUGUUACUGUGGUGUGCAGCACUCCUCAUCUUCAUACCUUUGCUGAUGGUGGCCACGGUCAGGCGGGAGCCCGUGCCUAUUAUUUCGAAGGCCUUGAGGAAUAUAUCGAUAGAAACGAGAGACGUCCACUUCUGCACGGAGGAGUGGCCCGGACUUGAUCGCAAGAAGCAGUUCGGGAUGCUCAGCUUCACACUAGUUUAUGCUAUACCUGGUUCAAUAACAAUAAUGUCGUACGCAUGCAUGGGGCGCACGCUGUGCUCGGUGCGGCCUCCGUUCGACAUCGACGAGGGGAACGUCAGCAUGCAACAGGGUCUAAGACUGAUGAAGGAGAGGAAGCGCGUAGCGUGGAUCCUGCUACUCCUGGCAGUGCUGUUCGCAAUGUGCUGGAUGCCGUACAACAUCAUGCAGCUUCUGCUGGAUGUCAAUCUAGUCAAUGCUAAGGAUCUCAGCAUGUUUCUGCCGUAUGCACUUUUCAUUGGUCAUGCGAACUCAGCAAUAAACCCCAUAGUAUACUGCCUGAUGACGAGGAACUUCCAGCGAUCAGCUCGCAAGCUGCUCUGCGGCCGCGGCGUCUGUCAACAGACCAACUUCACGUGGCGUUGUGCACAGAAGCCAGAAGGUUCUUCUAGUGACUAUGAGUUGUACCACGAGCCUCACAAAAGAUGUUAUUUACAGAUGCACAAUCUCCGCUACAACGGACACGCAUACAACACCCACAUCCCCCGCGGCAUCGAGACUCGUGCGCAGACGACACAGCUGAGCCACGUCACUCGCUCCUCUCGACGCACGGCGCCCGCGCACGCGCUCUCCGUCGAAAUGCUGCAGAGACACGGCCUUAUCGACUUCAAACGUUGAUAUUAAGUGCUGACACUUUGAAGUGAGUGAUUUUUAUGAAGUGAUAAUUCUGUGACUUGUAAGUGAGGUUGAUAACAUGGAGAACGAAGAACUAGCGGAGGUGUCAUAACGGAAAAUCGCCUAAGAAAUUAGCGCUCUAAAAUGCAAGUGAACGGGGGACAUGGAACAUUACUAUUUUUGCCCUAAUACGCUUUCUUUGGACCCAACUAUUUUUUG